UCCGGCGCAUGGAGCGGCGGGUAAUGAUGGCUGCUCUCAGAAGUCCGCUGUCGCUGUGGAGGUUCCAGUUGGGCUGUCGGCGAGCGCAGAGGGUCUGUACUCGGGCCGCAGCCCAGCGCCACCCCGAUGCUCUGCUCGCGACGCGGCCCCAGCCCUUCGAGGUGGGGCAGCCCUGCCGCCCGCUCAGCUCCGAGGCCGAAUCUGGUAGCUCAGAAGUCAAGAAACCUACAUUUAUGGAUGAGGAAGUCCAGAAUAUCCUCACCAAGAUGACAGGCCUGGACUUGAAGAAGACUUUCAAGCCUGCUGUCCAACCACUGAAGCCACCGACCUAUAAGUUAAUGACCCAGGCCCAGUUGGAAGAGGCGACUAGACUGGCAAUUGAAGCAGCUAAAGUACGAUUAAAGAUGCCACCAGUUCUGGAAGAACGAACGCCAAUAAAUGACGUGUUAGCUGAGGAUAAGAUUUUGGAAGGAACAGAAACAAACAAAUACGUGUUUACUGAUAUAUCAUAUGACGUUCCACAUCGGGAACGUUUUAUUGUUGUUAGAGAACCAAGUGGCACACUACGCAAAGCUUCUUGGGAAGAACGGGACCGGGUGAUACAAAUUUAUUUUCCGAAAGAAGGUCGUAGAGUUUUGCCACCAGUAAUUUUCAAAGAUGAAAACCUUAAGACCAUGUACAGCCAAGACCGGCAUGCUGAUGUCCUCAAUCUCUGUGUUGCCCAGUUUGAGCCAGAUUCCACUGAGUAUAUCAAGGUUCAUCAUCAGACCUAUGAAGAUAUAGACAGACAUGGAAAGUAUGAGCUUUUACGGUCAACAAGACACUUUGGUGGAAUGGCUUGGUAUUUUGUAAAUAAAAAAAAGAUUGACGGUUUGCUCAUCGAUCAGAUCCAGAGAGACUUGAUUGAGGACGCCACCAGCCUGGUCCAGCUGUAUCACAUGCUCCAUCCAGAUGGCCAGUCGGCUCAAGAGGCCAAAGAGCAGGCUGCUAAGGGAGUAAAUUUAAUUAAGGUCUUCGCAAAAACAGAAGCACAGAGAGGACCAUAUAUAGAAUUAGCACUCCAAACUUAUCAAGAAGUAGUCAUCAGUCAUUCUGCAGCAUCCUGAGAACAAUUAAAAAUGUCAUUUGUUUUCUGCUUUUUAAAUUCUCAAAAAUUUCUUUCCUUACUCAAUUUCUAUGCACAUGAAGAUGACUGAAAUUUCUAUUUGAGUGCCUGGUUAUGAACUCCUCUAUUCACAUUAAUGAACAAACAUAAACAAACAAA